AUGGCUCCUGCAAGCAGCACGAGCUCGGACUCGGGGGAGGGCCUGGAGCUCGAGAAGGCCAAGUUCAAGUCACUCUCCGAGAUGACGGAAACGUGGGACGAUACCAUUCGAUUCUAUCUGAAUGGCACAAAGGUUGCCGUGGACACUGUCAAUCCAGAGCUUACCCUGCUGGAAUAUCUCCGGGGUAUCGGUCUCACCGGGACAAAGCUCGGAUGUGCCGAAGGAGGUUGCGGCGCUUGCACAGUCGUUGUCUCGCAUCUCAAUCAAACGACAAAAAAGAUCUACCAUGCGUCAGUCAACGCAUGUAUUGCACCCCUCGUCUCGGUAGAUGGCAAGCAUGUCAUCACUGUCGAGGGUAUCGGUGAUGUGAAGAAGCCGCAUGCCAUUCAGCAACGAAUUGCUGUCGGAAAUGGCAGUCAGUGUGGAUUUUGCACCCCGGGAAUUGUUAUGAGUCUAUAUGCUCUGCUGCGCAAUGAUCCGUCCCCAUCAGAGCAUGCAGUCGAGGAGGCAUUCGACGGUAAUCUGUGCCGUUGCACGGGAUAUCGACCCAUUCUGGACGCAGCCCAGAGCUUCAACUCACGCAAUAAUUGCGGCAUGGCGAAAGCCAACGGCGGCUCUGGCUGUUGCAUGGAAAAGAGGGACGGUGGUUGCUGCAAGAGCAAUUCUGCUGCAUCAGAAGAGACCGAAGUCGUGGAGCCCAUUUUUCCAGCUCCUGAAUUCAAAAAGUAUAGCCCAGACACCGAGUUGAUAUUCCCGGCUGCUCUACGCAAGCACUCUUUCCAGCCUCUCGCAUUUGGCAACAAGAGGAAGAAGUGGUACCGUCCGGUAACGGUUGACCAACUGCUGCAGAUCAAGAGCAUUCAUCCCGAAGCCAAGUUGAUAGGCGGAAGCACGGAGACUCAAAUUGAGAUAAAAUUCAAAGCCAUGCGAUACAGCGCCUCGGUCUAUGUUGGUGAUAUUCCCGAAUUGCGCCAGUUCACAUUCCACGAUGACUGUCUCGAGAUCGGCGCAAACGUAUCACUGACCGACUUGGAACAAAUCUGCGAUCAAGCUGUGGAACGUUACGGACCGAACCGUGCUCAACCGUUCAAAGCAAUCAAGAAACAGCUGGCAUACUUCGCGGGACGUCAGAUCAGAAAUGUUGCAUCCCCGGCUGGAAACCUGGCAACCGCGUCCCCCAUCUCAGACUUGAACCCCGUCCUUGUCGCGACUAAUACCAUCUUGGUAGCAAGGUCUCUCAAGGGAGAAAAGGAGAUUCCGAUGACCGAGUUUUUCCAAGGCUAUCGCAAGACGGCUUUGGCUCCUGAUGCGAUCAUUGCCAGUCUUCGCAUUCCCGUUUUUCAGGAGAGAGGGCAGUUUAUUCGCGCUUAUAAGCAGGCCAAGCGAAAGGAUGACGAUAUUGCCAUUGUCAACUCUGCGCUCCACGUGUCAUUGUCUGAAAAGAAUGAAGUCACCAGCUGUAAUCUCGUCUUUGGUGGCAUGGCUGCCAUGACUGUCUCGGCCAAGAAGGCACAAAAUGCGCUGGUAGGGAAGAAGUUAGCGAAUCCCGAGACAUUAGAGGCGGUGAUGGCUGCCCUGGAGGAGGACUUCAAUCUUCCCUAUGGCGUUCCCGGUGGCAUGGCCACCUAUCGAAAGUCUCUCGCCAUGGGAUUCUUCUACCGCUUUUACCAUGACAUUCUGUCCCUGAUCGAGGUGAAGGCUUCUGAUGUCGACGCGGACGUCAUUGCCGAGAUCGAGAGAGCGAUUUCCACUGGCGCAAAGGACCAAGAAGCAUCCGUCGCUUACCAGCAAAAGAUUCUCGGAAAGGCAACGCCCCAUGUCGCCGCACUCAAGCAAUCUACCGGCUCAGCGCAAUAUACCGAUGACAUCCCUGUUCAACAGAAUGAGCUCUUUGCCUGUCUUGUUCUUUCGACCAAGGCACAUGCGAAGAUUCUGAGUAUCGACACAUCAGCCGCUUUGGAAAUCGCAGGUGUUGUUGAUUAUAUCGACCACAGGGACCUACCAAACGAAAAGGCCAAUUGGUGGGGAGCACCUGUCUCAGAUGAGACAUUCUUUGCCGUCGACAAAGUCACCACUGCUGGCCAACCUAUCGGUGUGAUUGUGGCCCAGACUGCAAAACUUGCCGAGGAGGGUAUGAGAGCAGUCAAGAUUGAGUACGAAGAACUUCCAGUCAUUUUGACCAUGGAGGAGGCGAUUGAAGCAAAUUCCUUCUUCGGUCAUUACAGGUACAUCAAGACUGGUGAUGUCGACGAGGGUUUCCAACAAGCCGAUCACGUAUUUACAGGAGUGUCACGCAUGGGCGGACAAGAGCACUUCUACCUGGAGACCCAAGCUUGCGUGGCUAUCCCGAAGCCCGAAGACGGUGAAAUGGAAGUGUGGAGUGGCACGCAGAACCCUACCGAGACACAAACGUACGUUGCUCAGGUCUGCGGCGUUGCUGCCAACAAGGUAGUGUCCCGUGUGAAGCGACUUGGUGGUGGUUUUGGUGGCAAAGAGACACGAUCGAUCCAGCUGGCUGGAAUCUGCGCGGCCGCCGCAAAGAAACUCAAUCGACCCGUGAGAUGCAUGCUUAACCGUGAUGAGGACAUUUUAACCUCCGGUCAGCGUCAUCCCUUCCUCUGUCGCUGGAAAGUCGGCGUCACAAAAGAAGGAAAGAUCCUUGCUCUUGAUGCCGACGUCUUUGCCAAUGGCGGCCACACUCAGGAUCUGUCUGGCGCGGUUGUCGAACGAAGCUUGUCACACAUCGAUGGAGUCUAUAAAAUCCCCAAUCUUCACGUGCGCGGGCGAAUCUGCAAGACGAACACUGUCUCCAACACAGCCUUCCGUGGAUUCGGUGGACCACAGGGUCUUUUCUUCGCUGAAUCGUAUAUCUCCGAGAUUGCCGAUCAUCUCAAUAUAUCGCCUGAGCGCAUGCGUGAGAUCAACAUGUACCAGCCCGGUGAAAAGACGCAUUUCAAUCAGGAGCUGAAGGAUUGGUACGUACCCUUGAUGUACAAGCAGGUGCUGGAAGAGAGCAACUACAUGGAGCGACGUAAGGCCGUCGAAGAGUACAACGAAAAGCACAAGUGGUCCAAGCGCGGCAUGGCAAUCGUGCCUACCAAGUUUGGAAUUUCCUUCACCGCGCUCUUCUUGAACCAGGCCGGCGCUCUGGUUCAUAUCUACCACGAUGGAAGCGUCCUUGUAGCCCACGGCGGUGUAGAGAUGGGUCAAGGACUACACACCAAGAUGACCAUGAUCGCCGCUGAAGCCCUUGGCGUACCUCAAGACAACGUGUUCAUCGCUGAGACAGCCACCAACACCGUGGCCAACACUUCGUCAACGGCAGCAUCAGCAAGCUCUGACCUGAACGGAUACGCCAUAUUCAACGCCUGCGAGCAACUCAACGAAAGACUUCGCCCCUUCCGCGAAACAAUGCCAGAAGCCACUAUGGCGGAACUGGCGCACGCAGCCUACUUCGCUCGAGUCAAUCUCUCCGCCCAAGGUUACUACCGCACCCCAGACAUCGGGUAUGUCUGGGGAGAAAACUCCGGCCAGAUGUUCUUCUACUUCACACAAGGAAUCACCGCUGCCGAAGUUCAAAUCGACACUCUAACAGGAGACUGGACCCCACUUCGCGCCGACAUCAAGAUGGACGUUGGCCGCACCAUCAAUCCAUCUAUUGACUACGGCCAGAUCGAGGGCGCCUACGUCCAGGGUCAAGGUCUCUUCACGACCGAAGAAAGUCUAUGGCAUCGUGCCUCGGGCCAGAUCUUUACCCGCGGACCGGGCAACUACAAGAUCCCUGGCUUCCGCGACAUCCCUCAAGUCUUCAACGUGAGUCUCCUGAAAGAUGUCGAGUGGGAGAAUCUGCGCACUAUUCAGCGUUCCCGUGGUAUUGGUGAGCCGCCCUUGUUCAUGGGCAGUGCGGUGUUUUUCGCUAUUCGGGAUGCUCUAAAGGCUGCGCGGAAGCAGUGGGGUGUGGAAGAGGUGUUAAGUUUGAUUAGCCCUGCUACACCUGAACGUAUUCGGAUUAGCUGUGCUGAUCCGAUUAUCGAGCGAGCGAGGGUUACACCCAAGGAAGGGGAGCAGAGUUUCUUUGUGGCUAUUUAG